AUGCCAUCCCAUACCGAAAAGCUCAAAGCAGACUACGCAGCCCACGCGCGCGCCUACAACGACUCCUACCCCAGCUUCCCCAACGCGAUCCUCGAAUCGCAACUCGUCGUCUCCGCCCUCGGCCCCUGCCCCGGCCUCACCGUCCUCGACCUCGGCGGCGGCAACGGCGCGCGCGCCCUCCAAGCGCUCGACCUCGGCGCCGCCUUCGUCGACGUCGUGGACCUCUCCCCCGCCAUGCUGCUCGCGGGCCAGCAGACCGCCACGCACCACGGCAGCGACCGCGUCGCCUGGCACGAGGCCGACGUGUCCCAGCCGCUGACGCACCUGCCACUGCGCGGCGGGGAGGGGGGAUACGACCUGGUCAUGGCGAACUGGGUGCUGGACCACGCGGGCAGCCUCGCUGAGCUCGAGGGCAUGUGGCGCAACAUCGGGCUGUACCUCGCGCCCGGCGGGCGGUUCAUCGGCGUGCGCGGCGGCGACCCGUACGCGGCGUGCACGGCGGAGGGGAAGUACGGCAUGCGGUACAAAGACUGGCGCGACGUGCCGGGGGGCGGGGGCGUGUUCUUCCGGUACGAGGUCGCGUGCGCGGACCCGCCGAUCGACGUCGCGGCGUCGUCGUGGGAGGUCAUGUACUCCGGGUCGACGGAGAUGAUGGAGAAGGUGGGCAUUGGGGAGGUGGAGACGGAGCCGUAUGAGAACGCGGAGAUUGUCAGGGGGGACGCGGGGUUUUGGAAGCUGUUUUUGGAGAAUCCGUCGAUGGUGGUUAUGAAGGGGAGGAAGUUGGUGGGGGAGUGA